AUGUGUAGAUCUGUAAUAUUUGGGUUAUUGGUUUUUGCCUUGAUAUUCCAGACCGAGACCACUAACGGGUCUAGUUUUCAUCACCAAGCACAAGCAGUCCUUGACACGGAUGGAAAUGAGCUCCAGGUUGGGAGAGAAUACUACAUUGUUUCAGCUGUUCGAGGAGGUGGAGUAACUAUUGGUAAGCGAGAAAGUUCCAGCUCAGGCACACACACCGUAAGACAACACUCCUAUGAUAUGAACUUGGGUUCCCCUGUUACAUUCACUCCAGCAUCUAGUUUUUCUGGAGAGAUGCUCAUUCAAGAAGAAUUUGUUGGAGGUGAAUACUUUAGAGAGACAUCAUCCCAAGGAAAUAGGAUUGAGGAGGAGGCUGAUUUGAACAUUGGGUUCUCAGGACUAAAGAGAGUCUGGCAGGUGGAAGAGGCCAACAAUGAUAAAUCAUCGUCGUCUCAUAACCAGACAACAAGGUAUGUGACACUCGAAGGCCAAUCGGGUCAUCCAGGAUCCUCCACUGUGAGGAACUGGUUCAGGAUAGAAAGGAUCAAUAGGUCAAGCCCUGAGUACCGAAUCACCUACUGUCCUAGUGUAUGCGAGUCUUGCCAUGUUAAUUGUGGAAAUGUUGGGAUUACAAAAGAUAAUGGAAAGAGGUGGCUUUCUGUGUCACAGCAUGAAGAGUUCCCGUUCGUAUUUGUAAGGGCAAGACACUCCAAUGAUCAAUAG